AUGACGUUUUCACAUAUUUCAAUGAAAAACCAGGUGGAUCCCAAAUCCAGAGCGCUCGGCGAUGUUGCUCAGCAGCCGAGGGGCAGCAAAGCCCGGCUGCUGGGGCGGGGAGCGGGCCCUGGCGGACUACAGCUCCCGAAGGGCUGCGGGCGGCUCCGCUUCCUGCCCGGGCCGCGGGAGCCCAUGGAGCCGACGGAGGGCGCCGAGGGGGAGCGGGUGGUGCAGUGCCCGGUGUGCCUGCGGGAGCUGCCGGGCGCCGACAUCAACGCGCACCUGGACCGCUGCCUGCAGGCCGGCGGCGCCGAGGCCGAGCCCCCCAGCAAGCGGCCGCGCCUCGCCGCCGCCCCGCCGGGCGGCCAGGCCGAGGGGCAGCCGGAGGAGGCCCGCCCGCCCGCCGGGUCCCCCGUCUUCUCCCUCUUCCACAAGGGCCGCGGCGGCGGGCAGAGCCCGGCAGCCGCCGGUGAGAGGAGCGGCGCGGGGCGGGACGAGGCCGCCGUGCCGGGGGGCCAUGGAUGCGCGGCCGCGCUGUGCGGGGAGAGCCUGGCGCAGAAGCUGGAGGGGAAGCCCCUGGCCGAGCGGCUGCGGCCGGACACGCUGGGGAACUACGUGGGGCAGGAGCGGGUGCUGGGGGCGCAGACCCUGCUGCGGUCCCUGCUGGAGUCCCACGAAAUCCCCUCGCUCAUCCUCUGGGGGCCGCCGGGCUGCGGGAAGACUACACUGGCACACAUCAUAGCCAACAGCAGCAAAAAGAAUGGCAUGAGGUUUGUGACGCUGUCAGCCACAAGUGCCAAGACAAAUGAUGUUCGAGAUGUCAUCAGCCAAGCCCAGAAUGAAAAAAGACUCUUCAAGAGAAAAACUAUCCUCUUUAUUGAUGAGAUCCAUCGUUUCAAUAAAUCUCAGCAGGACACUUUCCUUCCGCACGUCGAGUGUGGGACGGUGACCCUGAUAGGAGCGACCACAGAAAACCCUUCCUUCCAAGUGAACGCCGCUCUCCUGAGCCGGUGCCGGGUGAUCGUCCUGGAGAAGCUCUCGGCCGAAGCGAUGGAGGCAAUUCUGAUGAGGGCUGUCAGGUUCUUAGGGCUCCAGGUUGUGGGCCAGGGCGACCAGCACGGCACCCCUGCCACUGGCAGCAGCAGCAAGAGCUCGGAAUUCCCGGUGUGCAUAGAGGAGAAAGCUCUGAGCACGCUUGCCUAUCUUUGUGAUGGGGAUGCCAGGACUGGGCUGAACGGACUCCAGCUGGCAGUUCAGGCCAGAGUAGCAGCGGGAAAGAACGCUCCUUUGAACACCUCUGCCAAAGGUGGUGCUGCACAUAGCAUUCUGGUAACAGAAGAGCAUGUAAAGGAGGGGCUCCAGCGGUCUCACAUCCUGUAUGACCGAGCAGGAGAAGAACAUUACAACUGCAUCUCUGCCCUGCACAAGUCUAUGAGAGGCUCUGAUGAAAACGCCUCCCUUUACUGGCUUGCUCGAAUGCUUGAGGGCGGUGAGGAUCCACUCUAUGUGGCAAGGAGGCUGGUGAGGUUUGCAAGUGAAGAUAUAGGACUGGCAGAUCCUCUGGCUUUAACACAAGCAGUUGCUGCUUAUCAAGGCUGUCACUUCAUUGGAAUGCCUGAGUGUGAGGUGAUUCUAGCACAGUGUGUAGUGUACUUUGCCAGAGCCCCAAAGUCUAUAGAGGUGUACAGGGCAUACGGCAACGUCAAGGAAUGCCUGAGGAUGCACACAGGACCACUGCCCCCUGUUCCUCUGCACCUGAGAAACGCCCCAACAAGGCUCAUGAAGAACCUGGGCUAUGGAAAGGGCUACAAAUACAACCCCAUGUACAAGGGACCUGUGGAGCAGGACUAUCUACCAGAAGAGUUGAAAGGAACAGACUUCUUCAAGGAACGAAAAACGUGACUGCUGUGCUCAGAAUCAGUUUUGAUUUUAUGACUCAUACAUUUCUACUGGGAUCAAAAUUCCCCUUACAGUGUCAGCUGCCUGUUACCCUGGUUAAAAGGAUUAAACCACCAAGCCUUAUAGAUACUUUUUUAUCCUUCUGCUUUUAUUGCUACUGUUCAGAAGAUAUUUUGUAAAGGGUUGCAGUUAGGCAGUGUAGAGAUGCAAAAUGAGCUGUAUCCAUAUAGUGCUGUCACUGGUUUAAAUGAAAUUAAGAAAACAACGAGACUUGUGUUUCUGGCUCUUGCUGUGAGACAAGAAAUAUUACUGUGCUGCUUUUUAAAAUCAGUGACUAUUUCAGAUUUUGAGAACAUUAUUUUCCAGAAAAAUAGUAAAUUGUACCUGCUCUGCUAAAAUACUGUACAAAAUAUAGUUACAGAGUAAUUUUUGCUGUUAUGAUCUUUCAGAGACCAAUUUUGUACAACAGUUAUUAAACCAAUAAAGCUGUUACAAAUAGUGUCUAUGCAUUUGUUUAAAUACUCCUAUGACAACAGUGUGGUUUUGAAAGUUUGAUCUCCCUUUAAUUUUAUUAUCCCUUCCUUCCAGAGCAAGUUAAAUUCAUUUUGUAAGCAGAAUAGUCAUGAACAUGACCACUGGAGUGAUACCAAGCUCUUGGCACCUCUCUCCAGCUGUGAUAUGACCCAGCCACCUGCAGGUCAGCUGUCCGGACCACACCAGUUGCAGGUGAGUGUUUCUUGACACAGAGGUAUUUGUGCUGUGUGGUGUUUAGAUCAGAGGGGUUGCCGCAGCCACAUGUCUGGAGCUCAUUCAGAGCAAUGUUCACAAGCCAGGAGGCCUGUGGGCUGAGAACGCAGUGCCAAGUCCAGAAGCCAACUUUAUUCUGCUUAUUCCUCUUAAUUCUCAAGACAGAUUGCUGACCUUUGGCCUUGAUCAAAAGUUUUGGAUAUACAGCUCCAAAGUUUUGUGAUUCGUAUUGGAGAUUAAUUUUGUUGUGAGAUUGCCUUCAUAUGAAGUUCUGUGUGAUGUAGGGGUCAAGCCAAAGAUCCUGGUGUAACUGAAAUGUUUCAGAAAUGAACCUUUUGCAUGACUAUGUACUGUUAGAGGGUUUCACUCAUAUUCUUUAAACAUUUCUAUGUUCUGCUACCUUAAAUAAGUAGUUUUUGAAUGGGCAAAAUGUUGUUCUAAAGACAAGCAAGUAUUUCAACAAGCUUUAUUUAUGUACAUUUGCAUGCUUUUCUUUUUAACACAAUUCACUUUGUUGUUGUUUGGUUGGAACUUCUUGUUGCAUAAAUUAAGGCGUUGAUUAAUUAGAUUAGUAUUUUUAUCCUGAUGGUCCUCCGAAAUGCCUUUGGAGGAAUAAACAAGGUGUGGUCUUUUCUGAGCUGAACCAGCAUGUGCUCACCUUCAGAGGGCAGCACAGGUUGGCAAAGGGUUCAGAUGUGGUGCUUCAUUCCUCAGCCUCCAAUGGAGGCAGAAAUCGUGUCCCUCAGGGCAGAUCCAUCAGACAGUGCUGUUUAAUUGGCUACCAAAAUAUUGGUAACAAGAAGUUAAUGUUUCAAAGCCAUUGUGUUGCAUGGCUGCUCUUCAAGCCAAGGAUUAUUUACCUUUUCCCUUCCUCCCUGUGGUAAUUAGCACUGGAGAGUGGCUGCUUCCUGCUCUCUCCAUGCUGCUGAUGUGCAUCUCUUUUAUAUCCCCUUAUGGAGGGUCAUCUCCUCUCUUUGAAGAACUCCACACUCCAUUAGAAAGUCCAUCAGGAUCAGAUGUACUCAGAGGUGAACAUUUCCCAUCCCUCCAAAACAGACCCAAGGCAAAAACAUCCCUUUCUGCUCUCGGCAAUUUAUGCAGUCUCCAUAUGGGAUUGAAAAUGCUGCUUUCAUAAGCCAGUCUAGUGAAACUGCUUCAAAAGCACAAGAUGAAAGAAUGAAAUUAAAAUAUCACAGAACACAUUUUCUUUUUUGUUUUCCGGCUUUUGACUACCUGAAGUUUACCCUGAGAAGCUUGCUGAAGGGCAAAAAUGGAUAUGAAUUAUAUGCUGAUAUAGUGGUGUAUUUAUUUACUCUUCAGAGUGUAGAGCUUUAAGGAAAUGCCAAAUAUUGCAGUGUCACUAGAAAAUUUGGAUUCCAUCAGGCAACAGUUGCUUCUGCUGUA